AUGAUGGGGAACAGGGUCAUUGUAGAGGACCAGAAGCUCAUCCGGGGAGGGGGAUAUGAGACCUUCUACUCCGAGUAUCCAGAGUGUUGCGUGGAUGUCAAACCCAUUUCACAAGAAAAGAUCGAAAGUGAGAGAGCCCUCAUCAGCCAGUGUGGAAAGCCAGUGCUGAACAUCAGCUACCGGCCAGCUUAUGAUCAGGGCGGCCCAGUUGAAAUCCUUCCCUUCCUCUACCUUGGAAGUGCCUACCACGCAUCAGAGUGCGAGUUCCUUGCCAACCUGCACAUCACAGCCCUGCUGAAUGUCUCCCGGAGGACCUCUGAGGCCUGCACGAGCCUUCUACACUACAAGUGGAUCCCCGUGGAAGACAGCCACACGGCUGACAUUAGCUCCCACUUUCAAGAAGCAAUAGACUUCAUUGACUGUGUCAGGGAAAAGGGAGGCAAAGUCCUGGUGCACUGUGAGGCUGGGAUCUCGCGCUCGCCCACUAUCUGCAUGGCUUACCUCAUGAAGACCAAGCAGUUCCGCCUGAAAGAGGCCUUCGAUUACAUUAAGCAGAGGAGGAGCAUGGUCUCACCCAACUUUGGCUUCAUGGGCCAGCUCCUGCAGUAUGAAUCUGAGAUCCUGCCUUCCACACCCAACCCCCAUCCUCCCUCCUGCCAAGGGGAGGCAGCAGGCUCUUCAUUUAUAGACCAUUUGCAGACACUGAGCCCUGGCGUUCAGGGUGUCUACUGCACAUUCCCUACCUCGGUGCUGGCGCCAGUGCCCCCCCCCCCCCACCUGAUGGUCUCAGAGCUCUGCAGGAGCCCUGUGGCCACAGCCACAUCUUACUAAAACUGGGAUGGGGGAACCAGCCAGCCCUAAGAGCAACUGUGAUUUUGUUUUUUAAACUUGUGGACAUUUCAUACCUGUGCAAUACUGAAGACCUCACUCUGUCACACUGCCCCUGUGAGAUAGUGAGUGGGCACCAGGCUUGCAAAUGAACUUCAGACUGACCUUGGGGAUAGGUUCUUGGCAUGGAAGGAAGGCCAAGCCAUUACGAGAGCACAGCGUGUGCUGACUACUAUACUUCCAGAUCCCCUGCCCUCUCAGGACUGCCCAGUCCUUACACCUCAAAUUUAGCCUUUUCAUUUCAAACGUAAGGCAAUAAAUACCUGCAGCAACAUGGGAGAAAGAAGUUGCUGAAUCAGGAGAAAAGGCAGUUAUGAAGUCAAUUCAUUUUGAAGGAAGCACAAUUUCCACCUUAUUUUCUGAACUUUGGCAGUUUCAGUGUCUGUCUCUGUUGCUUCAGGGCAUAAGCUGAUCACUGUCUAGUCAGGAAAGUAACCCUACUAGGUUUGUAGGGACAUGAUGUAUAUGCCAGUGUGAAGCCUGAAAUGUUUUUGAGAUUCCCUCUUGGGUCCAAUGGAGGCAGUUGGUUGAAGAAGUAGCAAGACAUUGACUCCUGGGUUUCUUUUUCACUGUGGGUUCUUCCCUGACCUUGGACUUUGGCAUGAUUCUUACACAUACUUGAACCAGUCUCGUUGCACCUUUCCUCAACACAACUCUUGUGUCAUUUGAAAAGAGUUUUUCAGACCAUAGACCAAAAAUCACCCCUUUGAGGUGGUGGCCAUGGGUGCCAGGAGAAAGAGGGUACCUGCUGUGUGUUCUGGGUCAGUGGCAUUGAAAAGUCAUUUCCUCAGCUUGCAGUCCUUCCAUGUGCUCCUGUCCGGUCUCUUGUGACACUUGUUUUCCUCCCUGCCCCUGGGGGUUGUCUUCAAGCUAUUGACUUCUGGGAUUUGCAGAUUUUGCAAUGUGGUACUACUUUUUUGUCUGUAGGUUAUUCCUCCAGGGGAAAAGGCAAUAAUUUCCUAAAACCCAUGUGAAUGUGAAGAAAAGCAGUAUGUUACUGGUUGUUGUCGUCAUUGUUGUUUUUUAUAGUACAAAAUAAAAACAGUAAAAGGAAAAAAGCA